AUGAGCAAGGUCGAAAACAUGGACCCUGUCUGGGAUGACCUCGAUAGGACUAUGGGCCAACUGUUCAUGAUGGGCUUCGAUGGCACCUCGGUCACUCCUCACAUUCGUACCCUGAUCGAGGAACAUCAUGUUGGCUCCAUACUACUUACUGCCAAGAAUUGCAAAUCCGCCGAAGAUACUACUGCGCUUAUCUACGAGCUCCAGAAGAUUGCCCACGAUGCUGGACACCCUGUUCCGCUGGCCAUCGGCAUCGACCAGGAGAAUGGCGGCGUCAACAGCCUUUUCGAUGACAUCUACAUCCGCCAGUAUCCUAGUAACAUGGGAAUGGCAGCAACCGGCUCCACGGACCUAGCCUUUGAAGUAGCCAAGUCGACUGCACAGGAGAUUGCAGCAUGUGGCAUCAACUGGAUCUUCGGGCCAUGUUUGGAUGUACUCACGAACGCGCGAAAUCAGCCUCUGGGGGUACGGACGGCUGGCGAUGAUCCUCAGGAGGUAUCCGCCUUUGGAUGCGCCUUUAUGGCAGGCUACAAGGACGCUGGCGUGGUGACUUUGGGGAAGCACUUCCCUUCGUACGGCAAUCUGGAGUUUCUGGGCUCAACACUUGACGUGCCGAUCAUCACGGAAUCGCUAGAACAACUAAGUUUAAGCGCUUUGGUUCCGUUCAAGAAGGCCAUCGAAAGAGGUCUUGAUUCCAUGAUGGUCGGUGGUUGCGCCAUGUCCUCAGCGGGCCUCAACGCGAUGCACGCGUGUCUGUCGGAACAAGUUGUCGACGACCUUCUUCGGAAAGACCUCAAAUUCGACGGUGUAGUGGUUUCCGAGUGUCUAGAAAUGGAUGCUCUCAGUCACAACAUCGGUGUAGGCGGCGGCACGGUCAUGGCAGUUAACGCCGGCUGCGACGUAGUCCUCCUAUGCCGGUCGUUCUCACUCCAACAAGAAGGGCUGAAGGGCCUCAAGACCGGCAUAGAAAGCGAAAUGGUCUCGAAGGAACGUAUCUUCAACUCACUCAGACGUGUGCUGGCGAUGAAGAAGAAGUGCACAUCCUGGGAAAAAGCAUUGAACCCGCCAGGUAUCAACUAUCUGGAAAAGUUACAGCCUUCGCACACCGCACUGUCAACGAAAGCGUACAACAGCUCCAUCACAGUCGUACGCGACAAGAAUAGGCUUCUGCCACUGACGAACAUACUCGAAAGCGAGGAGGAGCUUCUCCUACUGACACCAUUAGUGAAGCCUUUGGCGGCAUCCGCUGCAUCACGAGCUAUAUCCGACGCUGCCAAUGGGGCAGCGGGUCACUCGCCCGAGCCAGCUGCUUGGGACCGGAGUUCUUCAGUCAUGAGCGGAGAAAGAGUCUUCAAAGAACUGGGUCGUUCUCUUGCUAGACAGCGCAACGGACGACUGCUUCACACAUCGUACACUGCGAACGGUGUCCGUCCAGUUCAUGAAAACCUCAUCAAUCGGGCGAGUGCUAUUAUCGUCCUUACGGCUGACGCAAACCGCAACCUGUAUCAGCACGGAUUCACAAAGCAUGUCUCAAUGAUAUGCAACAUGCAGUACACAACUGGUGGAGAGAGGCGUGAGAAACCACUCAUUGUGGUCGCAGUCUCCUCACCGUACGACUUCGCAAUGGACAAUACCAUUGGGACCUACAUAUGCACUUAUGACUUCACCGAGACUGCACUCAACUCUCUAGUCAGAGUACUCUACGGCGAAUUAUCUCCCUCCGGAACGCUACCAGGAACCAUCAGCAAGAGCCAAAAGCUUCACCCAUCCAAACAGCAUUGGUUGGUCGAAAUAUUUAACGAAGAGCGAGACAGUAAUGCUCUGGAUACAUUGGUCGCAGCUGUCGCGGAGGAAACGGCACCAAACCAGCGGUCGGAGAUGUCGAGUGCAACUUCAACCUCAUUCAUCCUGCAUCACCCAGAGGUGGAGGAGUCACAUUUUGUUGUUAGAAACAGCAGCACACAAGCUCUGUACGGCUUCUGCUCAACGUACUUCUUCAAGGCUACGGGUACUGGUGUAAUUGGAGCUUUGUUCGUCGACCCAGCAAGGAGAAAGCUCUCCAUCGGCCAUUCCCUACACAAUCGGGCUAUUCGCACGCUGUUGCAGAAAGAAGGUAUCAAGAGAUUCCAGCUUGGAUCACGCCUGCCAAGUAUGUAUCUUGGAAUCCCAACCGGACACGGAAACGAGCGGAAACGGCUCCGAUCAUGGUUUGCACAGCUAGGCUGGGGUGCUGCACUUUCCCGUCCUGUCUGCAACAUGGUAGCGCGCAAUCUGCAGACGUGGAAUCCGCCGACUGGCAUGGCGAAAAGUCUAGCGAGCGCAGGCGCACAGUUUGAUCUUGUGUACGGGUGGGACUACGCGGGACCGAUACUCGACCAUAUCAAGACGAGCAACCGCCAGGGUCUAGCAGAGGUGUACAAACUUGCGCUUACGGACCCGACGGCUUGUGGCAUCAUCCGAGCCAAGCGACCAGAAGACGGUGCGUUGGUGGGCACUGUCGUGCUAUACAACAACCACUCACGACUUGCCGAAUACAUACCCCCACUGAAGGACCUGAACGAGGCGGCUGGGGGGAUCUCUUCGCCCGUCAUAUCACCUGGUGUAGGAGAAUACUCGACACUACUGCAGGGGCUGAUCCUACUCGGCAUGCGACAGAUCAAGCAGCUGGGAUGCAAUGCAUGCUUGCUCGACUAUAUGGACGGUGACGGCAACUUCGACGGCUUCUCGGCAAUGGGCUUCGAUGUCAUGCACAACUUUGAGGAAGUCAGCUGUGAUGCUGCGACCUGGACCAUGAUCCCGCCUGCUUGA